AAGAUGCAAAAUCAUCUCAGCUUGUGUGGGCUGAUUAUUAUUAUCUGUUUCUUGGCAAUAACUGUUCAAGAUGAUUCAAAAAAUGCACAGCCAUCACAGCCUGCACAACCAGAAACACCGGUACCAGUUGCACCACCUGCACCACCAGUACCAGUUGCAGCAGCCAAAGAAACUUCUAAAAUCAAUAAGCCAGAGUCUUCAAAUUCAUCACCCGCAUCAAAGUGCAAGCCCACCGAAAUUCUAUCCGAGAAUGGCUGCGUGGACCGCGAGUACUUUCUGAACCGGAUCGUAAUGCGAUCCUGGAAGGACGACGGCUUCGAAAAGGCAAAGGAGAAAGCAGGCUUGGUGGACAAUGUGCAUUGCAAUGAUGAUGAGGUCAGGACUCCCUUCGGCUGUUCAAACCCACUAUUGCCUCCGCACAGGGAAUCAAAACGGGUGGAUGUGCGGCACAGCAGUUUGAAUGGCGGCAAGGUAAUGAUCUCCAAUUUCGGCUUAGCUGGACGGAGCGUUCACCACGAAAAAGUCGCGUCAGGUAAAGAAAAGAGAGCACCUUACUCGGGUCCGCCCAUUUCGGGGCACAAUAUUCACCGCAAGAACUAUAUAUUGCCGGGUCGGUUGCUCCGGACUGGACGUAAAUGCCGACCAUAUGAGACCCUCGGAAAAGACGGUCAAUGCCACAGAAAGCAGGGUAAAGAAGGUCAUUACAAACACAGGAAUCACGUUUAUGGACUUCAAAAGAGACACCAUCAUGAGGCACAUAGACAGUCGAUGCCAAAUGAGGAUAUCAUCAAUAUAGUCGCAUAGUUUAAUAACAUUUUGAAAAUAUAAGUGCUCAACAUUUUUUAGCUUGA